AUGGGGUCGGCGUUGCUAUCAGAUCUGGCGACGGAAAUCAUUAUUCCGGUUUGUGCUUUGAUCGGAAUAGUGUUCUCACUGGUCCAAUGGUUCAUUGUCUCCCGCGUGAAGCUCUCGCCCGAGCGAGAUUGUUCGGCUCUGAACAACAACAAGAAUGGGUACAACGAUUACUUGAUUGAAGAGGAGGAAGGUAUCAAUGAUCACAACGUUGUCGUCAAGUGCGCCGAGAUUCAGAAUGCUAUCUCUGAAGGUGCUACAUCCUUUUUGUUUACUGAAUAUAAGUAUGUGGGUGCUUUCAUGGUUGCAUUUGCAAUUCUAAUCUUCCUCUUCCUCGGCUCUGUUGACAACUUCAGCACAAGGAGCCAUCCCUGCACCUACAACAAGACAAGAAUGUGCAAGCCGGCACUUGCCACUGCCUUUUUCAGCACUGUAUCCUUCUUGCUUGGUGCUAUCACCUCAGUCCUGUCUGGCUUUCUUGGGAUGAAGAUUGCUACCUAUGCAAAUGCAAGGACAACCUUAGAAGCCAGAAAAGGUGUUGGGAAGGCUUUCAUCACUGCAUUCAGAUCUGGUGCAGUAAUGGGUUUUCUCCUUGCUGCAAAUGGUCUUUUGGUGCUUUACAUUGCCAUCAAUCUUAUCAAGCUGUAUUAUGGCGAUGACUGGGAAGGACUCUUUGAGUCGAUCACUGGCUAUGGCCUUGGUGGAUCAUCCAUGGCUUUGUUUGGAAGAGUCGGUGGAGGUAUCUAUACAAAGGCUGCUGAUGUUGGCGCUGACCUUGUAGGAAAAGUGGAAAGGAACAUUCCAGAAGAUGACCCAAGAAAUCCAGCUGUGAUUGCUGAUAAUGUUGGUGAUAAUGUUGGGGAUAUUGCUGGAAUGGGGUCUGAUCUUUUUGGCUCUUUUGCCGAAUCAUCCUGUGCUGCACUUGUUAUUGCUUCCAUCUCCUCUUUUGGAAUAGAUCUUGACUUUACUGCAAUGUGUUAUCCCUUGCUCAUUAGUUCAGUUGGAAUCCUUGUAUGCGUGAUAACCACCCUCUUUGCAACUGACUUUUUUGAAAUCAAAUCUGUCAAGGAAAUUGAACCAGCGUUGAAAAAACAGCUCAUUAUCUCCACUGUUCUUAUGACUGUGGGUGUUGCAAUUGUUAGCUGGAUUGCCUUGCCCCCAUCUUUCACUAUCUACAAUUUUGGAGAUCAGAAAGUUGUGAAGAACUGGUAA